AAAACCUGGCGGGUCUCAGUAUUGCAAUUAGGGCAAGCCGCCACUAAGGUACACACGAAUAAUCUCCGAUCUCCACAUUAUCUGCUCAAAUUUCCGAGCUCUAGUUUUCUGCAACCAUGUCUUCGCCUUCACUCUCACUACAGUAAACCCUAAUUCUGUUCCUCUCUUUUUAGGGUUUCGAGGUUCGAAUUCUCCAUGAAAGUAAGAUCUGAGAUUGAGAUUCUACUGAGGACUACGAGGUUACUGGAGAGAUCGAAUACUAUGACGAGAGCGGAGAAGAGGAAGCUUGAUGCGGGUGAGGCGGAGGAGAGGCCGCCUGAGGAGAAGAAGCAGAAAGUGCCUGCUCUUGCGAGCGUUAUUGUUGAAGCUCUUAAGGUGGACAAUUUGCAAAAACUUUGCUCGUCAUUGGAGCCGAUUCUUCGUAGAGUUGUCAGUGAGGAAGUUGAGCGUGCAUUGGCAAAACUAGGGCCUAGCAGGCUUGGUGGAAGGUCAUCUCCAAAGAGAAUAGAAGGUCCUGAUGGUAGGAGUCUUCAGCUACAGUUCAGGUCGAGAUUGUCCCUACCACUCUUCACUGGAGGGAAAGUAGAAGGGGAGCAGGGUGCUUUGAUUCAUGUGGUUUUGAUCGAUGCUAAUACAGGCCAAGUCAUUACAUCAGGGCUUGAGUCAUCUGCUAAGCUUGAUGUCAUAGUGCUGGAAGGUGACUUCAACAACGAUGAUGAAGACAACUGGACCCAAGAAGAAUUUGAAAGCCAUGUCGUAAAAGAACGUGAAGGCAAGAGGCCUCUUUUAACUGGGGACUUGCUGGUUACCCUCAAAGAAGGGGUUGGGACCCUAGGAGAACUCACUUUCACAGACAACUCAAGUUGGAUAAGAAGCAGGAAGUUCAGGCUUGGCUUAAAAGUUUCAUCUGGUUACUGUGAGGUUGUUCGCAUUCGUGAGGCUAAGACAGAGGCUUUUACUGUUAAGGACCACAGAGGAGAAUUAUACAAGAAACACUAUCCGCCUGCGUUGCAAGAUGAAGUGUGGAGAUUGGAGAAGAUUGGGAAGGAUGGGUCAUUUCACAAAAGGUUGAAUAAAGCUGGGAUUCACACAGUUGAAGACUUCCUCCGGCUUGUGGUCAGAGACCCACAAAGAUUACGAAGUAUACUUGGCAGUGGCAUGUCGAAUAAGAUGUGGGACUUAGCGGUUGAGCAUGCCAAGACUUGUGUUUUGAGUGGGAAGUAUUAUGUCUACUACACUGAUGAUGCAAGGAAUGGUGUUGUUUUUAACAAUAUUUAUGAGUUGAGUGGCCUUAUUGCAAGUGGGCAGUACGUUCCAAUGGAGCAGCUUUCUGACAAUCAGAAGCUUCAUGUGGAUACAUUAGUGAAAAGAGCGUACGACAAUUGGAUGCAUGUGGUCGAGUAUGAUGGCAAGGCAUUGCUGAACUACAAACAGAGCAGGAAGGCAUCGUCGUCAAACUAUUCAAUUGCCCUUGAUCAGCAACCCUCUAUAACUCGUGCACCAGUUCAGGUUCCUAUGGAGCAGUCCUCAGUGAAUGCCAUGUCAGCCGUUGGCGGGGCAUCAAUCUCUAGUUAUGGGGAAAACCCUGCAACAAGAUAUUCAUCCCAACCUGACCAAUUAACAGCAAACAACCAGGUCCAAUUCAACAACAACCAUUUCGCAACCCAACAAAAUCAACUAGUAAGCACCUCUCACCAUGCCCCACAAGGUCCACAAGUUGGUCUUGCUUUGGGCCCACCUUUAUCAACUGGGUUCCAAACAAUGAAUGUUGGCCAAACCCCAGCCGACGAUUGGGCUCGGCAUAGGGACGCUCGUGGGCUCGAUGAUUACUUCACAGAAGAAGAGAUUCGGAUGAGAAGCUCAGAAAUGCUCGAGAACGAGGAUAUGCAACAUUUGCUCAGGCUCUUCAGUAUGGGAGGAAACACCGAUGCCUAUAGUUAUCCCUCCUAUAUUCCCUCGCCUGCGACGAAUUAUACCUAUGAAAUGUGUCCAGGCAGGCCCUCAGGGAAGGCUGCAGUGGGAUGGCUCAAGAUAAAAGCGGCUUUGCGUUGGGGUAUAUUCGUCCGAAAAAUUGCGGCCGAGAAGAGGGCUCAGCUUGUUGAGCUCGACUCAUGAGUUGGUUUUGGGCUUGUGAGUUGUGGCUAACUCGGUGGUUAGUGCGGUUAUCUUGGUCAAUUGACUGGAGAUGACGGGUUUGGCGGUAAUGGUGAAUGGGUGGUGAGGUUGGGUUCUCGGGUUGUGUACAAUGAAUCCUGUAAAGUAAUUUCAUUCCUCCUGUAAAGACCAUGUCGCUUUCUAAUAUCUUUGGAUUUUUAGGGGUGUAUUUGAUAUUUGUUGCUACCUUUGGUUUUUAGUGAUUGUGCUUUUUAUCUCUGAUAAAAUCAUAGUUGUCCACUUGUAAUGGAUGAGAAUAAGAGGCCCAAAACAAGUUCAUCGCU